AUGUCGCUCACCAUGGGCGUUCAGCCUCAACCAUGGGGCCAGCGGUUUGAACCGCUACCUGGCCAGCCAUCGCCACCCUCGCCUAGAGGAGCGGUGACGGGGCUCGCAUUGGGCGAGCAAGAUUCUUCUGACAUAGCUUCGACAGCGUCGGGGGAACCUGUGCGUGGCGAGAAAGCGCCUCAUGAUGCCAGCGUUUUCGUUGGAAGGUUCGUCUCCUCGCUUUGCAUUGUUCAGGUCAACGCGUUUACCACUAUUCCAAGUCUGCCCUCGAACAUCGACCACAUAGAACUUACUAGAAUGUUAACCGAGCAUCUAUCCGAACAUACCCAAGUCAAAAGCAUCAAGGUCAUUCGUGACUCAAAGGGCGGCGUCUGCGCUUUCGUCCAAUGCGAGGAUGCACAGGCGGCGUCUGCGUUGAUACACACCCUUCGAACCGUGACACCGAAACCUUUCCUCGGUCGUAUCUUGCGCUUUGAACCCGCGAGAGCCUUCAGAACGUUGCACGUCUCCUAUCGUGCACCGUCAUAUAUCCUUCCUGGUUAUGCGACACCACUGCUGCAUGAUUCGUCGGAGUUGCCAACCGCCAUGCGGAUCUGGAAACCUCAGGGAUCCAAAUUCUAUCAUAUAGCAUAUAAUGAUGAAGCUUUGGCGGCAGAGUCUCGCCAGACGGAGCAAGACUGCGCGACCCCGGAAUCUAGCCUUUAUCUACAACCGUUAACAUUCGAUGAAUCGUCUAUUCGGAAACUCGCUGCGUAUUUCGGUAGCCUUGAAAGGCUGGAAACGGUUGACCUUGAGGAGGCAAAAGAUGACUUGGCUUCGCAACAGUCACGUUAUCCGAGCCCCCAUACUGCACCCCGUUUACCAUGCAUGGAUCCUCGUUGCUGGGAAAUCAAAUGGGACUACCGAGAUGAUUGCGUCGGUGCAUUGAUGGCGCUGCGAAGGAUUCCCCAUCUCACCGUGACCUGGGCUCAUCAGCCUCAUUCAUCUGGAAGUGAUUUCUACUACCCUCCGCGGGUGAACCAUAUCCUCCAUACUGGUCAGACACCUCGUCUUUAUCGGCCUUCUCCAUUUUUACCGCCGCUCCCUUUUUCGUCACCUGCACCCCUUGUGUCUCAAGUAGGCUCCGGUAACACAAGCCUUACCAACUCUGGCAAAGACACACUCGUUGUCGGCCGUCCACAAGGCUUUCCACACCAAGCGUAUGCUUCCUCGCAAGUCAACAUGGUAACGGCUGCCUCGGAGAAGAUUGUCCUUCCUCUCCCAUCCUCGUUCAAACCAUCGCCGACUUCGAGCCAUGUAGGAUUGACUUUACCCAGAGAUGUUUAUCAAUGGUCCCUCGCCACCUCCAACCCCGGGGUCAGCGUGGCGAGCGGAUUCACGGCUCCUCCGCCAACCCACCCAGGUUCACUUCUUCAGGAUUCCCAUCACCCUCAACAGCUUGGCGCUGCUGCGAGUGCCUCUCCUUUGCAUGGGACACCCAAAGUUGCUAACCGAACUUCAACCUACCCCUCGACACCGGUUACCUGGAUCGAGGGAGAACGGCAAAGGCAGGCUUUGAUUCCUGCAGAGGUCCCUACGCAACGCACGAUCGACCCGACCAGCAUCUUCGUGGGCGGGUUGGAUGUUCUUGGGGUGAAUCCAUGGACGGAAGAAGGGGUAAAGGAGUACUUCUCGCGGUAUGGUGGACUCGAGAGCGUCAAGUUUGUUCGACCUUUUGAAGCCACCACUGCGUUUGCCUUCAUCAAGUUCAACAACACGGAAAGUCCAGCACGAGCUGUCGCCGAAGAGCACAACCGUGUCUGUGAAGGCCGAAUUCUGCGGGUUCAGCUGCGAGACUGCAACCCUCCUCGAAACACCUGGAAGAGUAGUCGGGGUGGGAGAGGGCGGGGGUUCCUUCAAAAUCAACAUCGCAUGUCUCACCGACAUCACCAGCUCUCCGACAAGUUCAUCCCCAAAAGACCGGAUGAACACCCCACAGGGUUAACCGUAGUUUCCAACGGUGACAGGCGAUCAGCUUCUCCGAGCGCCUCGCAGGAGCCUCCCCCCUCUCCUUUCAUCUCCGAUGCAUCGCCAGCCUCGGAUGACAGGACGCUCCACGAUUCUAGUCCGUCGCCUUCACUGUCAGCGUCAGGUUCAGUUACAAAUGCUACUGCCCCUCCAGAAAAGUACAGGGAGUGGUACGAUGAUUUGGAAUCCUCACCCAAUCCCGCAAACAGGCCCGGUUCGACUACAUCUUCGACCUCGGCUACUAUGGGGCCGCCGCCGGCAUACCCAUAUGUAUUUCAGAAUGCGCCGUUUUAUCCUGGGCCACCCACAUGGAUCCCAACGCCCGUAUACCAAGGGUCUUUCCCUGUACCCUACUAUCCGGUAUACCCUGCACAACAAAGUGAUUCAGGGGAUAGUACAGUCCCAGUAACUGCUUGGACUGGUUCAGGAAUGAUGUACCCAGGUCCCUAUUACCAUCAUCCUACAUGUGCGCAACCUCAACUUCCCGACCCGAAUAGUCAGACACCAACGAUCGCAGAAGCUCCCAAUCAAGACGCUGGACGCCCUGGCAGCGCAGACAAUGCUGACAACAGCGCUGCCGUUUCCGGAGGAACCAAUGUGGCGGCCCUCAACCCCACUCCAGGACCAACAGCACCGCCUAUGUGCUCUUCUUGGGCACCCUACGGCCAUCCCUAUUUCCACCAACUCCAUUCCAUCAAUGCGAAUCCUUACAUCCCUUCUAUGGGCUGGAAUCAGCACCAUGCUACUCGCUUCCCCAAUAUCAUUCCACCGGUUACACCAUGUCCGCCAAUGCAGCCUCCAGCGUAUGCUGCCCCGAGCCACCUCAACGCACCGGGGAAUCGUGACACCAAUCAUCACUCCCAGCAUGAUCACAGCAAGCGCCAGGGUAAUCGACGUGACAACUUCAACCACGUUCAGCGAAAUAGCGGGCAUCAUCAGCGUCCUUUUAACAGCAACAAGCAUUUCCGACAAGGCAUGGCGGGUGGUGGAAACCAUGCUUUCGGGCAGCAGGAAGGAGGAUUUGCUGGGAAAGGAAAACAUCAUUUCAUGAAUCGUGGUUGA